AUGGGAAAGAAGGUUGUUCUGAUCUUGAUUUCAUUCCUCUUAAUCAUCUCAUCCUCAAACGGGGGCGAGGCGCCAGAGUUUCGAGAAGCACUUGGAACUCAAUCAUCUCUUCCACCAAAGAACAAGGGUUCUAACUCACAAGUAACACCUAGCGGCCCAUCUACUCAAACAACAAUUGUGCAUAAAACAUGGUCUUCAACUACGACUGUAACAGGUCAUGGCCCAUCUACUCAAACAACAGUUGUGCGUAAAACAUGGUCUUCAACUACGACUGUAACAGGCCAUAACAGGCCACCAAACAAUAUGGAUCCACCAGGACCACCAUCACCUAGCAGGAUACCAGAAAAUGCAACCCUUGUUACAACUCAACAACCACCACCACCACCACCGCCUCCUAGGAUUGCGGAAAAUGAGACACUGCUUACAACUGAACAAUCACCUCCACCACAGCCACCAGGCCCGCCACCAUCUUACAUGAUUCAAGAAAAUGCCACUGCGGUUACAACUGAACAACCAUCACCAUCACCAUCCGUAAAAUGA